AAAGAAGUAACCCUGUUGGCUCCUGCGAGUUCCUCGACUGCCUCCGCCUCCAAGACGCUACCAGCCAGGCAGCGACCAGGUGACGGCAAGCAGCUUUUUCUCUUCUUCUUCUUCUUCUGUUCCGGCGUUCCCUUUUCUCUUUCACGGCAGGCAGGCAGGCAGCUUCUUCUCUUCUUCGACCCUUUUUCAAAUUUCAACCGGUAGCAGAUUGUUUACUUGUUCUGAAAUAUUUAUAAAAAGAAAUAUAUGCCCUGUGUUGUGCAUUGAAUUGAUUCAAUUGAAUCUGUGAAGCUCUUUGCUGCUUGUGAGUUGGGACGAUGGAAUUCUCAAAUGUGUGAUUCCAUAAUUUGGUCGAAAUUCUACUUCUCAGGUAUUGGAUCAUGGGCAUUUGAUGUUUUGGUUGAGUUAGUAACACAAAAACGAGGAAUCAGAGUGUAGUUCCAAUAUCAUCUGACAUAAUGAAAUUGCAACAAGAACCAAUAGCAUCUGCAAUUAAUAGAAUGAUGGCCAAUCGAGCCUGGAUGACUCAUUUGCAGAACUCGAUUCGGAACUUGGUCCUGAGUUUCGAUCAGGAACUUGUUUAUAAUGUGUUGCACGGUUCUAAGAGCUCAGAGCACGCUCUCCAGUUCUUUCGCUGGGUUGAAAGAUCUAGACUUUUUCAACACACCAAAGAAACCCAUUUAAAAAUCAUCGAGAUUUUGGGGUGAGCUUCGAAGCUCAACCACGCUAGGUGCAUUUUAUUGGAUAUGCCAAAAAAGGGUGUGGAAUGGGAUGAAGAUUUGUGGGUUUUGUUGAUUGAAGGAUAUGGAAAGGGGGGCAUAGUUCAGGAGAGUGUGAACUUGUUUCAAAAAAUGGAUGAAUUAGGGGUCGAAAAGACGAUAAAAUCAUAUGAUACUUUAUUUAAGGUGAUUAUGCAUAGAGGUCGGUAUAUGAUGGCCAAUAGGUAUUUUAAUAAGAUGUUGGGUGAGGGGAUUGAGCCAACCACACACACUUUUAAUAUCAUGAUCUAGGGAUUCUUUCUCUUAGGGAAGGUCGAGACUGCGGAUAGGUAUUUCGAGGAUAUGAAGAGUAAGGACAUUUCGCCGGACGUGGUCACAUAUAAUACAUUGAUUAAUGGGUACCAUCGGGUUAAAAAAAUGGACGAGGCGGAGAAGUUCCUUGUGGAGAUGAAGGGGAGGAACAUCGAGCCUACAGUAAUUACUUAUACAACAUUGAUUAAAGGGUACAUGUCAGUUGAGUGGGUCGAUGAUGCAUUGAAAUUGUUGAAGGAAAUGAAGAGUUUUGGGAUUAAACCCAAUGCCGUUACAUACUCAACUUUAUUAUCGGGACUGUGUGAUGCAGGGAGGAUGUUUGAGGCUCAGGGUAUUUUGAAGGAGAUGGUGGAGAAGUACACUGAACCUAAGGAUAAUGCAAUCUUUACUAGGCUAAUAUCUAGCCAGUGUAAGGCUGGUGAUUUGGAUGCUGCCAUGGAUGUUCUAAAGGCUAUGAUUAGGUUGAGUGUUCCGACAGAAGUGGGGCAUUAUGGUAUUCUAAUUGAGAAUUUCUGCAAGGCUGGUCAAUAUGAUCAUGCUGUUAAGUUGUUGGAUAAGCUCAUUGAGAAAGAGGUCAUUUUGAGGCCUCAGAGUACUUUGCAUAUGGAGCCUAGUGCAUAUAACCCGACUAUUGAAUAUCUUUGCAACAAUGGCCAGACAGCAAAAGCAGAAAUCCUUCUACGACAGUUGAUGAAAAUGGGCGUUCAAGAUCCCGUUGCUUUAAAUAAUCUGAUCUGUGGGCAUGCAAAGGAAAUCCUGAGCCAGUGUUUGAAAUUCUUAAUAUCAUGAUUAGAAGAAAUAUGACUGUUAUCCAUCGAUGCCACCAAAUUUGAAUUUUUAUCUCUUGUG